AACUCAGGCAUACGCGGGAAGUGAAAUACAGAUUAUGAGAACAAUCGAGAUAAUGAAUUUCCAACCGACUGGAUGUUGCAAUCUAAGCCCCUGGAGUGUCUUCGAUAUCGCAGUAAUAAGUCUCGGGGGAAUAGGCAAUGUUGGCAUAGGGUAAUUGGAGUAUAUCGGCAACCUUGGAGGAGCUCUGUGAGGAGUAUGAUAAUCCUGAUAAGUACAGCACCUUUUGUGCUGAGACUGAAAAAGGCGGCAAGGGCUUAUUGGUGUGCUCAAGGUUCAGAAAUAGGAAGCAUUGGGAGAAGCUACUCAAGGAGGCAUGUAAACCAGUCAAAAGUGCUGUAGAGUGUGACCACCUUGACAACUGAUAUUGUCUCGAGGACGAAGUUAUGACGCGGACUGUGCAUAUGCAUUCGCUAUAUUUGGAAC